AUGGCACCUUGUAACAAUUGUUCACCUGAUUCUUCUUUACCAUUAUUAUUCUUAUUGGUUCCAUUGCCACCAGUUGUUGAAGUUGUGAUGGUUUGUGAUAAGUUGGAACACCUCUUAAGAAAAAUGGAAUGUUUGCCAUACCCAUUUCUCUUUGAUUGCAUUUGGCCAUCUUUGUUUUCAUCAUUGAAUAAAAUGAAUCUAUUCCAUUUACAUGUUGUAGUUUGCUUAAUCGUAAUAUCUGAUAAUGAUGGUGAAUUAUCAGUACGUUUGCCAGUGUUAAACGAAUCUAACCAAACAUUAUCACCAACAUUGUAUGAGUCAUAA